UCGGGAAGGGCUGGCCGGAGGUCCGCACGGCGAGGGUGUCCUCGGUCAGGGCCGGGAGGCCUUGGUCGGCUCCGGGGCCCUGCGGCUGCGGUCUGCGCGCGAUGCUUUACGUUUUGGAUAAAGAGGAGAUGCCGGACGGAGGUUGCUGGGGGUUGUUGCUCCCGUUGAAGUCACGCUUGGUUCCUGUGGCCCUAAAGAGUCAUCAGGAAGCAUCGCUUGUCAGCCUGCGAUGCUGACGGAGCUCAGCGCGGGACACGGACGGACACAGACAGGGGUCCCUGCGCCGGAGACCCCGACCACCCCACGAAGUGGAGCGGGACCCGCACCUGCUCGACCUGGAGAAUUAAGUUGCAGGCUCCCUGACUCUCAUCACGGAAAUAGAGAGUGGUUUGCAGGACUGGUCAAUAAGAGGCAUGGGGAGGGUUUCUAGGGAGAAACUUAAGCCGCGCACUGCAGAGUGGAGUGUGGGUGUUCGGAGAAUGAGGCGCCUUCCGGUCCGUGGCUGGGUGGUGUCGCCCCAAUGGGUGAUCGAGGAUGCGUGUUCCUACUGUCUGUCCUCCCAGCCUAGUGAGAAUGCAAACCACUUACAUGUGUUUAAAAUUGAGACCCGCUGCCCACUAUUACUACUGCUCCCUUGAGGGUGGAGGUCAGCGGGAGGACGCACAAUGUAUAGGUGGAAAGAGUUGGUUUAAUCACAGGCGAAAAAGGCUAAUUUGCGGUUAAAGCGAGUUGCCCAGCCUUCUCGUCUCUGAGAGAGAAAUUUAAACAGGGCUUGUGUAGCUCCGGCAAUUCCCGGAGCUGUAGUCCUUAAAAAUACAGUUUUAAAAUUCUGAUUUUCCUUGCCUCCGUUUUACCUGUCUUUAUUUCAUCUGUUCUACCUCAGCACCUGAACCAGAUCAAAGCAGAGACGAGGGGUGAUGUAAUCAGUAGACUCCAAAGCAGCCUUCAGGGCCCUUCCUAUUGGAACUUCCCAGCUAGAGGAGCAAGGCAGGCUCACAACUUGCUGAGAAGUGAACAGAGAGAAAUAGAUCCUUGGAGAACACAGGUUUCUUAGUUUGGCAGGGAUGUAGCCCAGGGCCCUCCCAUUGUACCGGUGGCCAGUCCGGAAACAUCAGGAUGCUGCCUAAAGAGGCAAACGGGAGGGAGCGAGAUCAACGAGGAUGUAUUUAUUUUGGAUUUUUGAGACAGAGCCACACUGUGUAGCCCAGGCUGGCUUAGAACUCUCAGCCAUCCUGCCUCAGCCUCCCAGGUGCUAGGAUUACAGGUGUGUGACACCAGACCCAGAAGAGACAUUCGACCUAACACUUGAUUAUAGAGCAGAGGUGAUAAAUUCUGCAAAACGUCUGUGCUCUGAUGUUAGAAUAACAUUUGCUACUUUCCUGUGACUUAGUUUCACAGCCGAGAAGCGGGAUUUUGUGUUUUCUCCCCUCCUCAAAACAAGAGACCACAUUUUGGGGUCCUAGUGUUACUUACAUGUCUUACAUUUUCGGAAGUUCAUUUUAGCGGAAUUAUUUUUAAAACACUGUUUGUAGUAUUUGUGCCGCUUGGAUUGAAUGCAGUUGUGUGAAGAAUUAGAAUUACUACUUGCAGCUAGUCUCAAAUUGUAAUAACCCCACACCUUUUUAUUUUACCUUAGGAAAUUUGCCCUAGGCGGGGAAUGUAACCCGCUGCUCCCUCGGCCUGCACUGGUGGUCAGUAGACUUCUGUCAGUGCUUUCAGCAUGGUCUGUUUGCUUUGAGGAGGAGCUGAAGACUGCCCCACGGCAUAAGGGAUGGGAUCAGAGAAUAGUGCUUUAAAGAGCUAUACACUGAAAGAACCACCAUUUACUUUACCCGCUGGACUUGCUGUUUAUCCUGCUGUACUGCAAGAUGGCAAAUUUGCUUCAGUUUUUGUGUAUAAGAGAGAAAAUGAAGACAAAGUUAAUAAAGCUGCCAAGCACUUGAAGACCCUUCGUCACCCUUGCUUGCUAAGAUUUUUAUCUUGUACUGUGGAACCAGACGGCAUUCACCUUGUCACUGAGCGAGUGCAGCCUCUGGAAGUGGCCUUGGAAACGCUGUCUGCCGCAGAGGUCUGUGCUGGCAUUUAUGACAUACUGCUGGCACUGGUCUUCCUUCACGACAGGGGACACCUAACACACAACAAUGUCUGCUUAGCCUCUGUGUUUGUGAGUGAAGAUGGGCACUGGAAGCUAGGAGGAAUGGAGACUGUUUGUAAAGUGUCUCAGGCCACGCCAGAGUUUCUGAAGAAUAUUCGGUCAGUUCGAGACGCAGCGUCUGUCCCUCCUGAAGAGAUGUCUCCAGAAUUCACAACUCUUCCAGAGUCUCAUGGACAUGCUCGGGAUGCCUAUUCCUUUGGAACAUUGGUGGAAAGCUUGCUCACAAUCUUAAAUGAACAGGUUUCAGCGGAUGUUCUCUCCAGCUUUCAGCAGACCUUGCACACAGCCCUGCUGAAUCCCACUCCACACUGUCGGCCCGCGCUCCGCACCUUACUGUCCCAUGACUUCUUCAGAAAUGAUUUUCUAGAAAUUGUGAAUUUCUUGAAAAGCUUAACACUGAAGAGUGAAGAGGAAAAAACUGAAUUCUUCAAAUUUCUGCUGGACAGAGUCAGCUGCUUGUCCGAGGAGUUAAUAGCGUCGAGGCUGGUGCCACUUCUGCUUAAUCAGUUGGUGUUUGCAGAGCCAGUAGCUGUUAAGAGUUUUCUUCCUCAUCUGCUUGGCCCCAAAAAAGACAAAGAACAAGGAGAAACCUGUUGCCUGCUCUCGCCGGCCUUGUUCCAGUUGCGGGUGAUCCCUGUGCUCCUCCAGUUGUUUGAGGUUCACGAGGAACAUGUGCGGAUGGUGCUCCUGUCUCACAUUGAGGCCUACGUGGAGCACUUUACUCAGGAGCAGCUGAAAAAAGUCAUUUUGCCACAGGUGUUACUGGGCCUGCGUGAUACCAGCAGUUCCAUUGUGGCAGUUACUCUUCAUAGCCUUGCAGUGCUGGUCUCUCUGCUUGGACCAGAAGUGGUUGUGGGAGGACAGAGAACCAAGAUCUUUAAACGUACUGCCCCGAGUUUUACUAAAAUGACUGAUCUUUCCCCAGAAGAUUCUCCCAGGCAUGUGGUCUGCAGCCGGAACAGUCAGAUCUUGCCCACCUUGGAGAGUGCCUCCUCUAGCACAUUCCCAAAAGGUUUCUCUUCUGGCACCCUCCCCAUCAACAGCAAGGAGCACAUACAGCGAGAUUACUACAGUACCUGUUUAUACACAGGUGACCAGUUUUCUCAGUCUAUUAAGUUUCCCAUGAAUGGAAUCUCAGAUGUGAAAAAUACUUCAGGGAACACUGAAAAUUUCUCAUCAGACUCUAAAAAGUCUGAGGAGUGGCCUGACUGGACUGAGCCUGAGGAGCCAGAGAACCAAACUGUCAGCGUGCACAUUUGGCCUACAGAACCCUGUGAUGCUGCCGAGUCCCAGUGCACUGACCUCAUUGCAGAAGCAGUGGCCUGGGAAGCCUGUGCACCCAGCAGCUUAGGUACUCAAACAAGCCUAGGACCCAGUGUCUCUGUGCCAGUGCCUCAUACCUCUGGGGAGCAGAAGCCCACUCUUGCUUUGCAUCCACUCACUGAACCAGCCAUGCCUCUGAAAUCAACUCUCCUCCCAAAUGUACAAAGCAGAGAAGAGCCAGACCAGACCAAGCCACCAAAAGGGCUGUCACAAGAAAGGCCUCUUAAAGUUCAGUCAGAACUUGGUUUGGGAGAAGAGUUUACCAUAACGGUUAAAAAGAAGCCAAUAGAAGAUCCUGAGUUGGACUGGUUUGCUGAUAUGAUCCCAGAAAUAAAGCCUUCAGCUGCUUUUCUUAUUUUACCUGAACUGAGAACAGAAAUGAUGGUCCCCAGCAAGGAUGGUGUCUCUCCAGUGAUGCAGUUUUCCUCAAAAUUUGCUGCAGCAGAAAUGACUGAGGGAGAGGCUGAAGGCUGGGGAGAAGAAGGGGAGCUGAACUGGGAAGAUAGUAACUGGUGACAAUGGACGUGAGUUAAACUUUAGGAAGGAAUCCUUUUUUAAAAAAAUGAGUACCUCAGAUGCAGGCUGUAUGGACAAAAAAACCCCAAAGCAGCCUCUUUUCCCUGUCCCAGGGGCUCUUUUCCAGUCUGUGCCAACUGCAGGGUGAGAUGAUGCUCGAGUGCUGGCUGAGCCCAGGUGGCCAAGGGCUCACAGGGCUGGCUUCUAGGAGGGCAAGCCUGGGUGCAUUCAGCAGAGGCCAGUCCACGAAGAGCAAGAAGCUGAGGAAAGGUCGAUUUACUGCUUUAAAAAAGCAAGAAAAUAAAUAUAAAAAGUCAAGCUGUUUAGCUUAAUUUUGUGCCAUUUCUUUAACGGUAAGAAAAAUAAGUUCUAUUAUGUAAUACAACUUACUAAAAAAAAUUAGCUAUAAAUUAUAAAUGACUUAAGGUUUCCUUAGGCAGCUUAUUUAUUUGUUUACAGUUGUACUUUCUGAGUGGAAGGUCCUCUGUGGACCUGGGCAGUUACUGUUUUACAUGUACUACCUUGUACCAAAGGUCUUAAUGAGAAAUAUCACCCCCAAUCCUGUUCUCUAAAUGUCAAAUAAAGACUAUUUUCACUAGA